CUUUAUGGGCGAAUCCGGAAACCAACAAUAAAUUGGGAUGAUAAAGAUGGCAGAAAAGAUUACCACGUUCAUUAAGAAACGAAUAUCGGAUCUCGAUUGGCGUUUCCUUUUAUUGAUGAUCGUUCCUUUUUCGAUUCUUCUGUUUGUUGUUUUAUCUUCUACACCGUCCGUCGAUUACUUUUUACCGCUCCGAUCAUUCAUCUUCACCCACAACAACGUCUCCGAUUUUACCAGUUCAUCUCCGGUCGGGUGCACCGAUCGAACUACUUCGGCCAACGUUACUGAUAAAUUGCUGCAGUCGAGGAUCGCGGUGUGCUUGGUUGGUGGAGCCAGGAGGUUCGAGCUCACUGGACUGUCGAUCAUCGAGAGGGUUCUUAGAGUGUAUCCUAAUGCAGACCUCUUUUUGCACUGCCCCAUGGAUGAAAACGCCUUCAAGUUGUCGCUCCUGAAAACGGCGCCGAGACUGGCGUCGGUUCGGAUAUUUGGUCAGAGAUUAGUGCCGCAGACUGCGGAGCAAGUUCGAGUCCUGACAGCGACGAACUCCCCUAAUGGCAUCCAGGGUCUCCUUCAAUAUUUUAAUUUGGUAGAGGGAUGUCUCACGAUGAUCGAAUCGCACCAAAAGCAGCACAAUUUUACCUACGACUGGAUCGUCCGCACCAGAGUAGAUGGCUACUGGAACGCACCGUUACAUCCCCAGAACUUCGUCGCCGGCCGAUACACCGUUCCUUCGGGAUCCGUAUACGGCGGCCUUAACGACCGAUUCGGCAUCGGCGAUUUUCACACUUCCAAAGUUGCCCUCUCCCGUCUUUCUCUCAUCUCCAAACUCGACUCGGCUGGAUACAGACGGCUCAACUCGGAAUCAGCUUUCAAAGCUCAACUCACCACUGAAAUAUCCUACGUAGAAAAUAGAUUGCCCUUCUGCGUCGUGACCGAUCGUACGUACCAAUUCCCGCCUACCCAUACGGGAGUGCCGGUGGCGGCGUUGUCGAGUCGAGGUCCACUGAGUGGGGCAAAAUGCAGGCCAUGUAGUCCUGUUUGUAAAGGCAGUUGCGUUGCCGAUGUAAUGUCGUCGCUUGACAAGAGAUGGAGCUGGACCAACUGGGGUAACGGGAUGAUCGAGCUAUGCGACGCUCAUGGCGGCUGGGAGGAUCAAUGGGAGACGAUCUUCGAUAGGGUGGCCGGUAAAAAACUCGCCGCCACGAGGCGGCAAGUUAAGGAUUUGACUUUUGAGGAAUGUGUUGGUGAGUUUAGGGAAAUGAAGAAAAAGGCUGUCAACUGGGAUGCACCUGCGCCUGAGGAGAUUUGUGGACGGGGGUUGAAGAUGAAACAAUAGGGAUUGUUUAAAGCUCAAUAAUUAGUUUAGGGUAUAUUUUCGGAAUAGAAAAACAUUUUUCAGGUUUCAACCGACGAGUUAUAGGUUGUAAAUUUCUAA